UCACGUGGUACGUCACAUGAUCCCAUCUCUGCUCAGCACCAGCCUUUGAUCUUGCUCAACAAUCAUGUCGGGAGGAUGCAGUGUGACGGCUCCGUGUGCAGUGCUUGUGGUGCUGCUAGUGUGCAGCAUACUGCUGCAACACUGCAGUGCACUGCACACCAAGGGCUCCUUGUCACUGGACCAGAUCACGUUUUAUAAGGUUAUCCCAAAGAGUAAGUUUGUGUUGGUGAAGUUUGACACUCAAUAUCCGUACGGAGAAAAGCAGGAUGAGUUCAAACAGUUGGCAGAGAGCUCGUCUACCAGCAGAGAGCUUCUAGUGGCUGAUGUGGGGAUUUCAGAUUAUGGAGAUAAACUUAAUAUGGAGUUGGGAGAGCGCUACAAGCGGGACAAUGAAAACUUCCCAUACUUCUACCUGUUUGUGGAUGGUGAUAUUGAUAAUCCUAUUCCUUAUACUGGAGCGGUGAAGACGAGUGCGAUCCAACAUUGGUUGAAGUCUCAUGGAGUAUACUUGGGCAUGCCAGGUUGCCUGGAAGAAUAUGAUAAAUUGGCUGGAGAAUUCCUAAAGUCCGUAAAUAAAGAAGAGAGGAAUGAACUACUGAGGAAAGGCCAGGCUAUGCUGGUAGAUGUUGGAGAGCUGGAAAAACAGUCUGCAGAGCAGUAUAUAAAGAUCAUGAGCAAAAUCUUGACCCAAGGGGAGAACUUUGCUAACAGCGAGUUUGAACGUAUUACAAAACUGAUUGACAAGAAUAAAAUGAGUGACUUUAAGAAGGAGGACCUGCAGCAGAGGCUCAAUAUUCUCAGCAGUUUCCAGAGCAAACAAGACAAAGAGGAACUCUGACCUGAGCCUCAUUUGCCACUUAUGUUUUGAAAUAAAACAAUACUUGUAUUAUAUAUA